CCCAAGGUACUGUCUCCGCCCUCUGAACCCCGGGAAAACCUUGGUAACCUGGGAGAUACAUUCGCGCGAUGGUGUGAGACUUCUGGCGACAGCGGGCCAGAGACGGAGAAAUAGGGGUGCGGGGAGCGACGCCUUGCAGGAGGCUGCCCCGCCCCACUCCUCUUGAUUUCGUUGAGGAGGGAGCCGCCCCGUUCCCGCCCCUAACUAGUCCGGCGGCAAGGAGCUUCUAGGAGGUACAGACCCAGCCGACCUGCAGAGAUGGAGGCAGCCAGCACCUGGGUGCUGCUGCUGGCCCUGCUGCUGCUGCUACUACUGCUGCCUCUGACGCUAUUAAGGACCCCGGCCCGAGGCUACCUACCCCCGGGGCCCACGCCGCUGCCGUUCCUGGGGAACCUCCUGCAGCUGCGUCCCGGGGCUCUGUACUCGGGGCUUUUGCGGCUAAGUAAGAAGUAUGGGCCUGUGUUCACGGUAUACCUGGGCCCCCGGCGCCGCGUGGUGGUCCUGGUUGGACAUGAUGCUGUAAGAGAAGCCUUGGGAGGUCAGGCUGAGGAAUUCAGCGGGCGUGGAACAUUGGCAACGCUGGAUAAGACCUUUGAUGGUCACGGAGUUUUCUUUGCCAAUGGGGAGCGGUGGAAACAGCUGAGGAAAUUCACCCUGCUCGCUCUACGGGACCUGGGCAUGGGCAAGCGAGAAGGCGAGGAGCUGAUCCAGGCGGAGGUGCAGAAUCUGGUGGAGGCUUUCCAGAAGACAGAAGGACGUCCAUUCAACCCUUCCAUGCUGCUGGCCCAGGCCACCUCUAAUGUCGUCUGUUCCCUUGUCUUUGGCAUCCGUUUGCCCUACGACGAUAAAGAGUUCCAGGCUGUGAUCCAGGCAGCAAGUGGUACCUUGUUAGGGAUCAGCUCUCCGUGGGGCCAGGCCUACGAGAUGUUCUCCUGGCUACUGCAGCCCCUGCCAGGCCCCCACACACAGCUCCAGCACCACUUGGGCACCCUGGCUGCCUUCACUAUCCAGCAGGUACAGAAACACCAGGGACGCUUCCAAACCUCAGGUCCUGCACGUGACGUCGUUGAUGCCUUCCUGCUAAAGAUGGCACAGGAGAAACAAGACCCAGGUACAGAAUUCACCGAGAAGAACUUGCUGAUGACGGUCACAUACCUGCUGUUUGCUGGGACCAUGACCAUCGGUGCCACCAUCCGCUAUGCCCUCCUGCUCCUGCUGAGAUACCCUCAAGUCCAGCAGCGCGUCCGGGAGGAGCUCAUACAGGAGCUGGGUCCUGGCAGGGCUCCGAGUCUCAGCGAUCGAGUUCGCCUCCCUUACACGGAUGCCGUUUUACACGAGGCACAGCGGCUCCUGGCACUGGUACCCAUGGGCAUGCCCCACACCAUCACGAGGACCACUUGCUUCCGAGGGUACACUCUGCCCAAGGGCACUGAGGUCUUUCCUCUGAUUGGCUCCAUACUGCAUGACCCUGCGGUUUUCCAGAACCCAGGAGAGUUCCAUCCAGGCCGCUUCCUGGACGAUGAUGGUCGGUUGAGAAAACACGAAGCCUUCCUGCCCUACUCCUUAGGUAAGCGAGUCUGCCUGGGAGAAGGCCUGGCUCGGGCCGAGUUGUGGCUUUUCUUCACUUCCAUCUUGCAAGCCUUCUCCCUGGAGACCCCGUGCCCACCGGGUGACCUGAGCCUGAAGCCAGCCAUCAGUGGACUUUUCAACAUCCCCCCGGACUUCCAGCUGCGGGUCUGGCCCACUGGCGACCAGUCCAGAUGAAGGAAGGAGUUUGGAAGGUGGGAGCCGUCUGGGUUGAAAGAGCCUCAAGGGUGUGUGUGAAGCAGGUGUCUCAGAAGCAACAUCACACUACACACCACGUAUCAAGGCAGCUGUGGAGACCAGGGACCACACCCCCACCACACAACUGCACAGCAACUGAUGCAUAGGCUUCUUUUUUGGAGAGGGCUGUCUGAAACGGGGAUCUUGCUAUGUGGUAACACAAACCGAUCUCAAACUUGUAAUCCUCCCGCCUCAGCGUCCUGCUCGCUGGAAUUACAGGUAUGCACCACCAUGAGCUGCAUAGGCUUUCAGCCUACAUCAUGUAAUAUAGGCCAUCUGGAAUUGCAAGCAUAUAGCUAGUUACUCCGCUGUCCACCACACGACUCUGUAUGCUCACAACUCUAAUCCAGUGACUGCCUACACAGACACACAAACAACCCAACCGCAUUCGGGACUCUUACUCCCUGUCUAACACGCUCAGCACCGCUGUUGCUGGGUCCCUGCCAUAGAAAACAGCAAGCCCCAGCUGGGGUCAUGUCACAGCCAGAACGAUGUUCUGUCUACUCCCAUGGAUGACCUCACCCCCAUCCAGGCACAUGAGUGGCUCUAUCGACGGCCACCAGCCAGUAAUCCACACAGCCAAACCGUAUGUGACAAGAUCUUGGCCCUUCCAAACUUCUUCCCACUGAGACACACCGUGACGACAUACGGUUCCCCAGUCACCUCCACACCCAUGCCGCUCCAACACGCUCCUUCCGACAAAUGUGCCCAAAUAUAAAGGUUUCCUGGUCUGUGAUUGUGCACACAGACCUUCUACAAAUGAGGACCAGCCACUCAAAGAAAAAGGUUUCAGGUUUCCCAGCCAUGUUAUCAGGGGCCUGCUCUCAAACACAUUCUGAUCUCGGAGCUGCCUGCAAGUCCUCAUCAGAGUGCUGGAAAUGUAUCCUUCUCCUGGAAGGACUAACUGGCCAUACAGGGAUGGUGCAGGGGAGUGCUGUUGGCUGUUUCCAGCCCUCUUUAUCAGGACAGAAGCCAUAGCUGACCUCUUUGUGACUUGAAGGUUCCCGUUUUGCAAUAAAAGUUUGUUUCUGGCCCGAA